CCCUCAAACCCUACUCCUUCAGCUUCCCCUUCGCAAAAACAGAGAGUACACCCUCAAACACACACCCGAGGGGGCGCAGAAAUGGUGCAGCGGCUCACUUAUCGCAAGCGGCAUAGCUAUGCCACCAAGUCCAACCAACACCGGGUCGUCAAAACCCCUGGUGGCAAGUUAGUUUAUCAGACUACGAAGAAGAGGGCUAGUGGACCCAAAUGCCCUGUUACUGGCAAGAGGAUCCAAGGGAUUCCGCAUCUUAGACCUGCUGAAUACAAGAGGUCCAGACUAGCCAGGAACCGGAGGACUGUGAACCGUGCUUAUGGUGGGGUUUUGUCCGGUAGCGCUGUGAGGGAAAGGAUCAUCAGGGCUUUCCUAGUGGAAGAACAAAAGAUUGUUAAGAAGGUUUUGAAGAUUCAAAAGGCGAAGGAAAAGCUAGCUGCCAAGAGCUAAGAUAAAUUAUGUAAUAAUUUUUGACCAUGCUUUGAGAGUAAUUUUGGUGAUACAGCUUGCUGCAAGGAAUCGUGGAAAUGUAUUAUGAGAUUAUUUAGCUCAAGAUUUGUGCUUUGUCAGGCUUCUUUUGUACGACUUCCGGUGGUCUACUUGUCGAAAAAGCCCAUGAUCCUAGGAUUUUGUUUUGAUUUUAUUUCUGGAUGGAAUUUGAAAUACAUUUUGGAUUCUUAAAUGUUAGUUCAGUUGUUCUCUCCACA